CUAAUUUUGGUUCCCGCUGAGAAGAUAUAAUUUCGAGUGGAGGUGAAGCUUCGAUCUUGGCCAGUCUGGUGGAGGUUCGGAAAUCAUAAUGGCAAAGCGAGAGCUUUCCAGCACACUCAAGAACUUGAAGUUCAUGCAAAGGGCAGCUCUGAGAGAUGAUAAGUUCAAGAAAGAGGAUGAAGUGAAACCUGAUGGAAAUAUUUUUGAAACUGCUACAAUAAGUAGAAAAUGUAUCGUCAUAAUGGAAGGCGAUCCCCAUCCAGGAGCAAUUAAAGGUCGGAUGUCAUUUCAGAGUUUUAAUCCACGUAUUGAUAGAUUGAAUGAAGGAGAACCAAGGCUCCAUCAGCCAGCAGCUGAAGCAUCUAUUUCUAGGAAUCAUAGUGUAAAUAUUUCUACCAGAGAGAAUGGAGCUCCGGUAGAUGGUCCAGGUUGUGCAAACCCGACUAUUAAUGAGGUUAACGCCGACCUCAAAAGAAAACAGCCUGAAGACAUGUCUGAGGCACAAUUUCCAAAUAAGUCACCCAAGAAUGAUAAAAGCGAUCGUCAUACGUCGCCAAAAAACAGUUUGGGGUCUCUCAAAAAACCAAAGGGAGAUAAGUUGGACUGGAAUGUUCUUAGACCACCCAAAUGUUAACCAAAAUAAGAUGAGUUCAUUGUUAAGGCAGUGUAAUCAUGCUUAAUUGAGUUCUCUAUUGUUUGUGUUAUUGGAUUUUGUAUAUCCAAAAGUUAUUUUCUGAGUGUAAUUCAAUCGAGCAGCUUGUUAUAGUUGCAAGUGCUGCCUUUUACAGUUUUACAUGUGAUGUGUUUAGGACCGGUAUGGAUGAGAUACUUGUAGACCUUAUGGCGUGUUUGUUAUUCUUUUUCGUCAUUAUAAUCGGGGGGUAUUGGCCCUUUUAA